UCCUUCCGUAACGAAAACGGCGGUACUGGCGUAGGGAUUAUUCUUACUGACGCAGAUCGACUCCCGCGCGGACGGAUAACUCCAUUCCGCUCCGCUCCAACGAAACGCCGUGAGCAACAUCAAUUCCGCAUCCCAACGCAGGAAGCCACCGCGGACCCCAAAAGGAGCUUUGGACGGACGGAGCCUGGGCGCGGGGUGGAGAAGAGUGGCGUGCCUCGUACGUACGGUCGCGUCCUGAAGCGAGCGACUGACGCGCCAGCGCGGAGGGGAAGGGCGGAGAUGGCGGCGGCGGUAGCACGGCGGGGUGCGGCGCUGGCUCUGGCUCUGGCGCGGAGGGGGAUGUGCUCCGCCACGGCGCCCGCGGCGGAGCACGCGGCGGCGACGCUGUCGUCGGAGGAUCUCAUACGGAUGGAGCGCGACUGCAGCGCGCACAACUACCACCCUAUUCCCAUGGUGUUUUCGAAAGGAGAAGGUUCACAUAUAUUGGACCCUGAAGGCAACAAAUAUAUUGAUUUUCUCUCUGCUUACUCUGCAGUCAAUCAGGGCCAUUGCCAUCCAAAAGUCCUAAAAGCUCUGAUAGAACAAGCAGAAAGGCUUACACUUAGUUCCAGAGCUUUCUACAAUGACAAGUUUCCAGUCUUUGCGGAGUAUUUGACAAGCAUGUUUGGGUAUGAUAUGAUGUUGCCAAUGAACACUGGAGCAGAAGGAGUGGAAACAGCUAUUAAAUUAGCAAGGAAAUGGGGUUACGAGAAGAAAAACAUACCAAAGGACGAGGCUUUGAUUGUCUCUUGUUGUGGAUGUUUCCAUGGUCGGACUUUGGGUGUCAUCUCUAUGAGCUGUGAUAAUGAUGCAACUCGUGGUUUUGGUCCUUUAGUUCCUGGCCAUCUUAAAGUUGAUUUUGGAGACAUUGAUGGGUUGGAGAAAAUCUUCAAAGAGCAUGGAGAUCGGAUAUGUGGUUUUUUGUUUGAGCCGAUCCAAGGAGAAGCUGGGGUCAUAAUCCCACCAGAUGGCUAUUUGAAGGCUGUUAGGGACUUGUGUUCUAGGCACAACAUUCUGAUGAUUGAUGACGAGAUCCAAACAGGCAUAGCUCGCACUGGCAAAAUGUUGGCAUGUGAUUGGGAAGACGUACGGCCUGAUGUGGUGAUUCUAGGCAAGGCACUUGGUGCUGGAGUAGUUCCGGUCAGUGCAGUUCUUGCGGAUAAGGAUAUCAUGCUGUGUAUCAAACCUGGAGAACAUGGAAGUACAUUUGGUGGAAACCCAUUGGCAAGUGCGGUGGCAAUUGCGUCGCUGAAAGCUGUCAAAGAUGAAGGUCUUGUUGAAAGAGCUGCAAAAUUAGGUCAGGAGUUCAGAGAUCAGUUACAAAAGGUUCAGCAGAAUUUUCCUCAUAUUAUUAGGGAAAUACGUGGGAGAGGUUUGCUUAAUGCAGUAGACCUAAGCAACAAAGCUCUAUCCCCUGUUUCUGCAUAUGAUAUUUGCAUCAAGCUGAAGGACAGAGGCAUCCUAGCAAAGCCCACACAUGACACCAUAAUUCGAUUAGCCCCUCCCCUUUCAAUCAGUCACGAGGAGCUUGCAGAAGCAUCAAAGGCGCUCAGUGAUGUGCUCGAGCAUGACUUGCCACAGAUGCAGAAGCAGAUCAAGAAGCCAGAAUCAGAGGCAAAAAUACCAGUCUGUGAUAGAUGUGGCCGGGAUUUGUAAGGGUUUCUAAUACAUCUGAGCAGAAAUGAGGCAGACACAGUUGUAGUGGCGCUGAUUUUCCCACAAUAACAGAACAGGGAGUUCUCACUGUAUUAUGCCACGCCUUGCAAAUAAAUGGAUUACAUUCGCCAUUAAUCUGUCCAUCAAUUUGCUUCACGCUCAGCAGUGAGGCACUGAGCAAUGGAAUAAAUGCAUAAUACUGUUAGCAAAGUAGAAAUGUAUAAUACUGUUAUGGUACUUAAAGUUUUAUUUCAUA